AUGGCACCGCUAGUCUGGUUCAUCACCGGAGCCUCAUCCGGACUGGGUCUAUCCCUCUCUCUAUACGCAUUGGCAGCCGGACAUCAUGUCAUCGGAACCGUUCGCAACGCAUCCAAGUCGGCAGAUGCAGUCCAGGCCAUUCAGGAUAAGGGCGGGAAGAUCGUGGAACUAGACGUCACCAAAGCCGAUGCCAUAUCUGGGGCAGUCAAAAAGGCAGAGAGCUUUUACGGGAAAAUCGAUGUAUUAGUAAACAAUGCGGGGUACUCAUUAUUAGGCGCCGUGGAGGAUCUGAAUGACAAAGAGAGCACACUCCAGAUGGAGACCAAUUUCUUCGGACCGCUUCGAGUAAUCCGUGCUGUACUCCCCGGUAUGCGCGACAACCGGACCGGAACGAUCGUGAACAUUAGUAGCAUCGCUGGCCAAGAUGCUCUUCCUUCUUGCGGGUUGUAUUCUGCAAGCAAGUUUGCUCUGGAAGGUCUAUCUGAAUCGUUGGCUCGUGAACUGGCGCCCUUCAAUAUUUCGGUUCUUUUGGUUGAACCCGGUGCUUUCCGUACGAAUUUCCUGUCGGCGGUUCAGAGGAACGAGAGCGGACUUAGCGAACCCUAUAAAGGCGGACCCGUGGAUACUAUGCUAGGCAAAUUCGAGUCAGCGCAAGGCAAACAACAAGGAGAUCCUGAAAAGGCGGUUGCUAGGAUUUUUGAAGUCAUCACUGGAGAAGGCGCCGCUGGUAGACUUAAGGGGAAGAUUCUGAGAUUGCCACUAGGUCCAGAUUGCGUGCAAAGGAUGCAGGCAAAGCUGGAUAAGGCCUCUGCUGACCUUGAUGCUGCGCGAGAGUUCGCACUGAAUACAAACUAUGAUUAG